AUGCAUGUAGCGGUCCUGGUAAUGCUGAGACAGACGGUGAGCGGGUGGGUUUAUUUUUGGGUCAGUGACAGUGUGUCAAUGGCCGCAGAUGCGUCGGAAAGGAAGGCUCUGAGAUACAAGCAAACCCUGCUCUAUGGGGAGUACCAAGAACACCAAGGAGGCUCCGGCAGACGGGAGGCCACGAGGCUGCUGACCGAGAGACAGAUCAAGAAACAUGGCCAACAUGGUCAACAUGGCCAACAUGGCCACCAUGCCCACGGCCACGGGAGGGCUCGCCACGGACAUGGGCGUCGUGGCCAUGGGCAAAAUGGAUACCACGGUCGCCACGGACACCAGCACGGGUAUCACAGCAGGCAGAGACACAGGCACCAGUCCAACAUGGAGGGAGAUGCUUCUGAAGAGCAGACAGCUGAACCCAGCCUGCUGGCGUCUGUGAAGAAGAAGCGGCCAUACUCCAAGUGUCGAGACUGCAUAGCAUGGGUGCAACGGUUCCUCGUGACCAGGCUUGGAGAAGAUUGGAUAUUCCUCAUCAUGCUGGGCAUCACAAUGGCGCUGGUCAGCUGGUCCAUGGACUACGCCAGUGCCAAGAGCCUGCAAGCCUAUAAAUGGAUUCACGGGGAGCUGAAGGGGAACAUCCCCCUGCAGUAUCUGGCCUGGGUUUCUUAUCCCCUGAUGUUCAUCCUGUUCUCCUCCCUCUUCUGUCACCUGGUCGCUCCUCAAGCUAUCGGUUCUGGUAUCCCGGAGUUGAAGACCAUUCUGAGAGGCGUAGUGCUCAAGGAAUAUUUGACUCACAAGGCCUUCAUUGCUAAAGUCAUCGGCCUGACUGCGGCGCUGGGCAGUGGCAUGCCUGUAGGCAAAGAGGGUCCGUUCGUGCACAUCGCCAGCAUCUGUGCGGCCGUCCUCAGCAAGUUCAUGUCCAUCUUUUCAGGAGCUUAUCAGAAUCCAUACUGUUAUAGAGACAUCCUGACAGUGGGCUGUGCUGUGGGAGUCGGCUGCUGCUUCGGUACUCCACUCGGAGGUGUGCUCUUCAGUAUAGAAGUGACAUCCACAUACUUUGCUGUGAGAAACUACUGGAGAGGAUACUUUGCUGCUACGUUCAGUGCCUUCAUAUUUAGAGUAUUAUCCGUAUUUAACAAAGAUGCAGUUACCAUCACCGCUCUGUUCAGGACGAAUUUCCGCAUGGAUUUCCCCUUUGAUCUGCAGGAGCUGCCUGCUUUUGCCAUCAUUGGGAUCUCUUGCGGCUUCCUGGGGGCGUUUUUCGUGUAUCUCAACAGACAGGUGGUGCUGCUAAUGAGACGACAAAACGCCAUGACCCGCUUCCUGACCAAACACCGGCUGAUCUACCCUGCGAUGGUAACUCUGGUCAUCGCCACCUUGACUUUCCCUCCCGGGUUCGGGCAGUUCAUGGCAGGAGAGUUGAUGCCCAGGGAAUGUAUCAACUCUCUGUUCGAUAACUUCACCUGGACCAAGAUUUCGGGGUCUUCACCUCCGCCUGCUGGGCGCUCUGCCGCCUGGCUGCACCCCAACGUCAGCGUCUUCAUCAUCUUGCUGCUCUUCUUCCUCAUGAAGUUCUGGAUGUCCGCAGUAGCAACCACCAUGCCCAUCCCAUCUGGAGCCUUCAUGCCCGUCUUUAUUCUGGGAGCUGCGUUCGGCAGGCUGGUCGGUGAGAUCAUGGCCACCUUGUUUCCUCAUGGGAUCGUGUUCGACGGCAUCCUUUACCGCAUUAUCCCUGGAGGGUACGCAGUCAUUGGCGCGGCAGCGUUGACCGGGGCGGUGACUCACACGGUUUCCACGGCGGUGAUCUGCUUCGAGCUGACAGGCCAGAUCUCACACAUCCUCCCCAUGAUGGUGGCGGUGAUCUUGGCCAACAUGGUGGCUCAGGGUCUGCAGCCGUCUCUCUACGACUCCAUCAUCCAGGUCAAGAAGCUGCCGUACCUGCCGGAGCUCGGAUUCGGGCACAUGAGCCAGUACAACAUCUUUGUGGAAGACAUCAUGGUGAGGAAGGUGAAGUUCAUGUCCUCUGAGUCCACCUACAGAGAAGUCAAACUGCUACUAGACUCGUCCUCACUUAAAUCCAUCCCGCUCGUUGAUUCAAAAGACUCUAUGAUCCUAUUGGGCAGCAUUGAGAGGUUGGAGCUGCUGGCUCUCUGUGAUUGGUGGUUGUCUCCCCAACGGCGGCUCCUGAUGCAGGGUCCCAGCCUCCAGGAUCAGAACCAGUCUCAGAAACACAGCUGGGAAUCCUUCGCCUUCGUCGAUGAGGAAGAAGAGGAGGACGGAGAGAAGCAGGGCAGUCCGGUGCAGGAGGAGAGGAACGGCCCGCUGCCUUCUCCAAAACCUCAGGAGCCAUCUUUGAACCACACUGCUGCUGUUCCUGAUAAAGGUCCGCUGCAGUCGGUGAGGAAGACCCUCAGCUUUCUCUUCAUCGCUAAGAGCGGACAGACAGAGGGACAGUCGCAGGAGCCUUGUUCUCCUCCCAUGUCAGACACGAUGACACCAGAAGAGAUCAAAGCGUGGGAAGAGGAAGAGAUGGACAAGCCAAUGGAAAUCGAUGAGAUACGAGUAGACCCUUCCCCUUUCCAGCUGGUGGAGAGAACAUCGUUACACAAGACUCACACGUUAUUCUCUCUGCUGGGGCUCAGUCACGCUUAUGUGACCAGUAUCGGCAAACUGGUGGGCGUAGUGGCACUGAAAGAGCUCCAGAAGGCCAUCGAGGGCUCCACUCGCUCCGGCGUGCGUCUCCGUCCUCCUCUCGCCAGUUUCCGUGACAUCAGCACCCACAACUCCACCGUCUCCAAAGCUCAGCCUUCCUCUUCCUCCGCGCCGUCAUCGCCCAGCUCCACCUCGCCUCUCUCCACGGCCGCAGCGGUUACACUGGCGGUGGCGGUUCCCCGACCCCCCUCGCCCUCUUCCCCCGAUACCACGGACGUCCACCAUCAUCACCACCAUCAUCAUCAUCACCACAGCCACCACCACCACGAGAGUGAGACGGUGUGGAUCGAGGGCCUGGCGACGGUGGUGGGAGGAAGCAGCAGUAGCAGCAGCAGCAGUAGUGGCUCAACUAGUAGCAUCAACAGCAACCUCAACCUCCCUCCUUCCUCCACUCCUCCUCCAGUCCCUUCUUCUUCUACUCCUCCUCUUCCUCUUCCUUCUCCCCCUUCUCCUCCUUCUCCAUCCACUUCCGCCAUCCCUCUCUCCUCCCUGAGGCCGAUGCAGGGACUCUUCGAGGAGGACGAAGACAGCGACGAUGAGCCAAUGGUUUAG